GCAUUUUCAAUGCGUAACUUGACAGCUGAACUGCCAUCAAGAUAGCAGGAGAUCAUGGCAGACCUCGGCAUCGCACCCGGCAAUAAGGUGAUGCUGGUUUGGACUCAGCCGUCGACGCCGGCAGCUCUGAAGCAGUAUGCAGAAGAACUGGGCGCUGUGGUCGGCGCUGACGGCAAGAUGGCCGUGGAGAACAUGGAGAGGCUGCUGAUGUCCUCUCACGCCGCCUCCUCCUUCGACUGGGUUCUGUCCUGCCUCCUGGCCGACAGCUCGUCCAUCCACAGCUCAGAGACUCUGGCGGAGAUGGUCCGAGUCCUGAAGCCCGGAGGGAAGCUGGUUCUGGAGGAGCCCGUUACAGGUACGUCCACUCCAUAAUUUAACCUGUCUGAGCACCACUCCUCUCCUCUGUUGACCUGCUGACCUUCUGGGUUUCAGCUCAGUAAAGCAGAACUCAGUCCCGAGGCGCUGACCUCCCUCCGGACCGCCACCGGUUACCAAGGAAACACCUUGUCCAGAAUCCGCGUGUCCGCCUCCAAACCCGACUACGAGAUGGGAUCGUCCAGUCAGAUCAAGCUGUCGUUUGGGAAGAAGGCCGCCCAGCCAGCAGAGAAACCUGCUCUGGAUCCCAACACGGUCAAGAUGUGGACGCUGUCGGCCAACGACAUGGCCGACGACGACGUGGACCUGCUGGACUCCGACGCUCUGCUGGACGAAGACGAUCUGAAGAAACCCGACCCAGCGUCUCUCAAAGCUCCGAGCUGUGGAGAAGGAGCCGGCAAGAAGAAGAAGGCCUGCAAGAACUGCACAUGUGGUCUGGCCGAGGAGCUGGAUCAGGAGAGUAAAGCACAACAGAAGACCGACCUGCCAAAGUCUGCCUGUGGAAGUUGUUACCUCGGCGAUGCCUUCCGAUGCGCCAGCUGCCCGUACUUGGGGAUGCCGGCGUUCAAACCCGGAGAGAAGAUUCUUCUGGACAACAAGACGCUGACGGACGCCUGAAGACGCCGAGUUCAGACCCUCCACUGCUCCCAGUCAUCACAUUCCCUUCAUGUCAUCCUCCCCGACGAUCCUCAUCAGAGUUUAACAGUUUCAGUGCCGACGUGGUCGAGACGUUGAGAGAAACGUAAAGUUCAUCCCAACGUACCAGCAGCAGUUUGAUUUCCUCCUGAUCCUGUUAAAUGUGCAACUUCUGGUGAGAGUUUAAGGAUAAUUCUGUUCUUUCUAAACCUGAACCCUGGUUUUCUGUCACUUGUUGGCUUUAAGUUGUUCUAAAAAGACUAAAUGUUGGGAUUUGGUUCAAUGUGGAGCAGCAGGUUUUCAUCCUGCAGUGACGACAGAACGGCUUCUAGAGCUGCAACCAAUCAGCAUUCACGCUGUUGGUUAUUAUCUGAAUCAUUUAAUUAGUUAUUUGGUCAUAAAAACUCAAAGAUCUUCAGUUUACUGCCACAAAAGAGAAAAAAAACAGAAAAUAUUCACAUGUAUGAAGCUGGAAUCAGUAUUUUACAGAUUCUCUAAAUAGAUUGAUUUAAUAUUCGACAGCUAAUUAAUGAGUCUGUUAAUCGCUGCAGCUCCAUUAGUCAGCAUCAGUUUCUUAUUAAUCAUUUAGAGCCACAAUAACAAAAAGGAAAACUGGUUUAAAAACACCAGAAUUAUUCUUUCAGAUGAUGUUUCUGGCCGUACAGUCGGCCUGAAACAGAGCUGAGUUCUAAUUAGAGCAGAGAAAUCUGCUCACAUGGAAAUAUAGAAGAAGAAUCUAGAGUCUGGAGCUUCAGCCUCAGAAGUGAAGAGAUGUCGUUGGGCAGCAGCGUCAGAGAGCUGGAGGGAGGUGGAGGUGUUGAAGCACUGAAAUGCGUUUAUUGUUUAUUUACAGCGACACAGUUGGACCCUGAAGGUCAGAGCUUCUGAGGAAUCAGCCUGUACGACAGGAGCAGAGACGCUGUGACGCUCUGAGAUGCGUUCACUGACUGAUUCUUGGUUAUUAGUAAAUCCAGAUGUUCAGGCUUUCUCUGACCUGCUGCGUCUCCAUGGUAACUGAUGCUGCAGCGCUAACCUGCUCUGCUCGCUGUCAGCCCUUUAAAAUGAACGAUAAGCAGUAAACGCAUCAGUCGGCGUCUCAGCGUCUCUCAGAGGAAAGACACAACGCUGAGAGGAAACUCUGGCCUUCAUGGGGACAAACUCACAGCAACGCUCACCGUCUACAGUCCAGGAACAAAUGGAUGCUUAUUUCUGUUUGUCUGGAGGCAGAGGAGUGUCUCUGCUGUUCAUGUCUUUGAAUAAACUAAAGCCAACGUA